AUGUCCGCCGUGGCCUCGUCCCUCGCUCGCAUCACCCUCGACGCGCGCGCGCGAUCGCGCCAAACGACCACCAAGAGAGGUCAAGCGAUGCGCGCCGUUCCGGUGGCGACGCCGCGUUCGUUUUCAUUCUUUAAGGCGAACAGUUUGAAGGCGCAAGCUCCGACGCAACGAGCCGCUCGCGCGACCCGCUCUUUCGUCGUGACGGCAGCGCACCGCCCGGAUGCCGACGCCCCGGACGCUGGUAAAGGUCAACGAGUCAUGAUUAUCGGUGGUGACGGCUACUGCGGUUGGGCGACGGCGCUCCACCUCUCCAAGCGCGGCUACGCUGUGUCCAUCGUCGACAACUUGUGCCGACGCACCAUGGACGACCAGCUCGGUUUCAACUCUUUGUCUCCGAUCAAGGGCAUCCAUGAACGCGUUCGCCGCUGGAAGGAGGUGACCGGACUCGACAUCGAUCUCUUCGUUGGCGAUGUUUGCGACUACGAGUUCCUCGGUGCGGCGUUCAAGAAGUUCAACCCGACGUCGUGCGUUCACUUUGGUGAGCAACGCUCCGCUCCGUACUCCAUGAUGGAUCGCAGCCGCGCCGUGUUUACGCAAACGAACAAUGUCAUGGGUACGAUCAAUGUCUUGUACGCCAUCAAGGAGUUCGCGCCGGAUUGCCACAUGGUCAAGCUUGGCACGAUGGGUGAGUACGGUACCCCGAAUAUCGACAUCGAGGAAGGUUACAUCACCAUCACUCACAACGGUCGCACGGAUACUUUGCCAUACCCGAAGCAAGGUGGCUCCUUCUACCACUUGUCCAAGUGCCACGACUCCGCCAACAUGCUCUUCUGCACCAAGGCGUGGCAGCUGAGCUGCACGGACUUGAACCAAGGUGUUGUCUACGGUCUCUCCACGGAUGAGUGCGACAUGCACCCGGAUCUCGUGAACCGCUACGACUACGACGCCGUCUUCGGUACGGCUCUCAACCGAUUCGUUAUCCAAGCGUCCGUUGGUCAUCCGAUGACCGUGUACGGUAAGGGUGGUCAAACCCGCGGCUUCUUAAACAUCAAGGACACCGUGCGAUGCAUCCAAAUCGCGUGCGACAAUCCGGCGCCGAAGGGUGAUAUGAAGAUUUACAACCAGUUCACGGAGCAAUUCUCUGUUAACGAGCUCGCGGCUAUGAUCACUGAGGCUGGUCAGAAGGUUGGCCUGAACCCGGAGGUCAUCACCGUCCCCAACCCGCGCACGGAGUUGGAAGAGCACUAUUACAACGCGAAGAACUCCAAGCUUCAAGACCUCGGCCUCGACCCAAUCCUCAUGCGUGGCGAAUUCUUGGAGACGCUGCUCAAGCAAAUCAUGGAGUACAAGGACCGCGUCGACCAACGCCUCAUCCUCCCGGGCGUCAACUGGAAGGAAUCGAGCUCAAUCGCCACCACCAUGUCCAAGUAA